UCGUCACUCUAUAUCUAAUAAUUCUUUAGUGUUCGCCUAACUCCCAGAAGGAGAAAAACGAUGAGAGCAAAUAAAUGUAGAGUAAAAUUCAAAUGCUUAGUUGAUUUUGAUCUAGUACAACUAUGAGUCUCAGUAGAGAGUGAAAUACAUUCAACGAUAAACUUAAUUGAUGAUAAUGAUGAUAUUAUAACUCAAAGGAAGACAUCUAGAAGAAUUCAAAUGAAAAUUCAAAUGAACAACAUUAAUUCAUUUGAGAUGCUAAAUCAACAAUCCUUAUUCACCAUAGAAGUGUUAAAAGUGACUAAUAAUGGUUUGGUAAUGGAUCACUUAUAUUUAUAAUACAAAGGAAAAAGUAUUAGUUAAGAAUAAGUUAUAUAUAAAAGAAAAUAAAAUCAGUAUGAGAAUUUAGGUUAAGAAUUUUUAAGAGUGCAAACCUCAAAUUAAAAUAUUUCUUUAUUACAAUAUUAUGCUGCUGCUUGAAAACACUAUGAGAUGUUUUGAAAAUAUAUGUAUUAUAUUUGAACAGACUUUCUAAUCGAGUUCUCCUAUUUAGUUGCAUUGAAUUUUGAUUCUAAAA